GUCUGGUGAGCUAACGUUAGCUUGGUAUCAUUAGCCGUUAGCAGCUAAGGCUAACGGUAGGACACAGACAGCGGUCAAACGUACGAGACAAACAAGUUCACUCCGUAACGGACGUAUGAUGUUACUGAGUAUCGAAAUGUAACUCCAAACCGAAAUAUGUCACAUGUCAGUGAAAAACGUCUGAAAACGGUGAAAUGAUCUCACAGUCGCCUCUUAUCCCCGGACUCCUGCUCCUGUCCCGAGCUCCCGAGUCUCAGGUGACAACUGCAGACAGAGCGCUCAGCACGAUGGAGAUUCCAGUAUUUACGCUGGAUGCCUUCACUAAUCUACCAUUCAAAGGAAACCCCGCAGCAAUAUGUCCACUCAUGCAUGAGCUGAGUGAUGAUUUGUAUCAGAAGAUAGCAGUGGAGAUGAACCUAUCAGAAACUGCUUUCAUCACCAGGAUCAACCCCUCUGAUGAUUUCACUACAGGAUCAAGGUUUCGCCUCCGAUGGUUUACACCAACCACUGAAGUGAAUCUGUGUGGUCAUGCUACUCUGGCCUCUGCAGCAGUGCUGUUCCAGCAUAAGAAGAAUGUGAAUCCUGUACUGGUGUUUGAGACCAAGAGUGGAGAUCUGGCUGUUACCAAGCAGGGGGACGGUUACAUCAUGGACUUUCCUCUUAACCCACCCACCCAGAAGGAUCCAAAUGAGUUCAGAGACAUCAUCAAGGCGGCAGUUGGAAACCACCCAGUUCAGGAUGUUCAUCUGAGCUCCAACACUAAGAAACUGAUGGUUCGACUGGCUGACAGCUGUGACAGGUCAGUGCUAACCAGUCUGAAAGUUGACCCUGUAGCUCUUCAGAGCAGUGAGAGGAGUGGAAGAGUCAAAGGGCUGAUCCUCACCAUGAAAGGGUCUCCAGACUGCCAGCCGGGAUACGACUUCUACUCCAGAUACUUUGCUCCAUGGAAUGGUAUCCCAGAGGAUCCUGUCACUGGGUCGGCCCACACCGUUCUAGGUAGCUACUGGUCUAAGAAACUAGGAAAGAAGAAAAUGCUGGCUUACCAGUGCUCCAGUCGAGGUGGGGAGCUGGAACUGGAAGUGAAAGACGACGGAAGAAUCAACAUAACUGGACAAACCGUCACUGUACUGCAGGGAACAAUCACACUGUAGUUACAGACACAUGCAAGCAGAGGGUUUGAGAUGCCAAGACAGUCAACAUGCACCUGUCCAGAGAAGCAGACGAAUGCUUUGUACCAUUUAAUAAAAAUGGGAUGAAUUUAAAUAAAAAAACAAAACAGACUCAAGUGCAGACUGCUCAAUCUAAAUAUCAGAACAUCAAUUAGCUAACCAACAAAAGAACGUUGCACAUUUUGUUCAGAUUUGUAUUAUUUAUUCACGUAACACUACAACAAAAAUUACAAUAUAAAUAAAAAAAAACAAAUGCAACAACAAAACAUGUAAAUUCAGAGGCUGUGUUGGAAGUAAAACAGAUCAGUGGUAGAAUCACAGUUGGCCUGGUUUUCGGUACGUCAUCUGUAACGCUCUGCUCACAUUAAGGAGGCAAAAAAAAAAAAA